AUGGCCGACCCCGAGCCCAAAGACCGUCGUGACGUUCAGUCUUUCACUGACGAGAAGGAGAAUCAGGUACACCGCGAGUACCUGCAGCAAGAUGAGACCCCGGCGGAAAUCGAAGCUCGUCAGCAAGAGGCUGCCUUGGUGCGGAAGCUGGAUAGAUUUAUCGCACCAGUUAUGAUGCUACUUAUGCUGAUUUCGUAUCUGGAUCGAGGGAAUAUUGGGUUCGCUGCGACGCAGGGGAUGACGGAAGAUAUCCAUCUGAAAGGUACAGAGUUGAAUACUGCGGUGUCCGUAUUUUACAUUUUCUACAUCUUGGCUGAGUUCCCAACCUCCAUCGUCGUCAAACGCCUCCAAUUCAACCGCGUCAUUCCCACUAUUACCUUCUGCUGGGGAAUCGUAUGCAUGUGCACGGGAUUCGUCCAAUCCUUUGGCGGUCUUGUCACCACACGCAUCUUCCUUGGGUUCUUCGAGGGUUGCUUGUUCCCAUCCAUGACGUUGUUCCUGUGCAAUUGGUACACGCGAGAAGAGCUCGGCAUCCGCGUUGCCUACCUCUUCAUUGCCUCAGCCCUGAGCGGCGCAUUUGGCGGCCUCAUCGCGCUUGGAGUGUUGUACAUGGACGGUGUAAAUGAAUGGUCAGGAUGGCGAUGGCUCUACGUAAUCGAAGGCCUGAUCACCAUAGUCUGGGCCUUCUGCUGCAUCUUCCUCGUCCCCAAGUCCUAUGAGACCGCGUACUUUCUCAACGCCGAGGAGAAAGCAAUCAUGCGCCAGCGCGCCGAGCGCGCAGAAGCGUACUCCGGCGGCUCUGGCCACGUCUCAAAAGCCGACAUCAAAGAAGCCGCAAAAGACAUCAAAUCCUGGCUCCACGGCUGCAUCCAAAUCGCCGUCGUUACAAUCCUCUACGGCUUCGGUACCUUCCUACCCAUCAUCAUCAGGUACGGGUUCAAGUAUUCUACGCAGCAGGCACAAUACCUCGUCGUCCCCGUCAACCUCUGGGGCGCCCUCGUCUACGCCGUGGGCGCCUACCUCUCCGACCGCUACCAGGCGCGCUUUUGGCCCAUGAUAAUCUGCGCACCCAUCGGCAUAGCCGGCUACGCAAUCCUCAUCGCGCCCGUGUCCGCCGGCGUCCUUUACUUCGCGACCUACCUCGUCGCGACAGCGUGUUUCCUCUGCACCGGAAGCAACAUCACGUGGCUCUCCGUCAACAACGCGCCCGACGGAAAGCGCGCUGCUUCUAUGGGUAUCUUGCUUACGUUGACGAAUAUUGGGGGCGUGGUUAGUGGGCAGAUAUAUUACACGGGGGCGGCGCCGAGGUAUGUGCUAGGCCAUGCGUGGAGUCUGGGGUGUUUGUUGUUUGCAUGGUGUGGGUGGUGGGUUGUAAGGGCGAUCUACAAGAGGAGGAACGCGGAGAAGGAUAGAGCGAUGAGGGAAGGUUAUGUUAGGCCUGAAGGGAGGAUGUAUACCGAUCGCGAGCCAGAUUUUAGGUACCAGAUUUGA